GUCGCCGGCUGCUGCGCCUGCAGUUGAUUCACGUUUUUCCACACAGUCGAGUUGUAAGAUGGCGGCGCGAUGGGGAACAGGCGAGGAGAUGUUAAAAGCCUGUAAUACUCAAAUGUUCUCACCGGUGAAUCUUGACGAGGUGGAGAUGCUUCAGGAAAGCUUCAAUGCCGGCUGUCUGGAGUAUCCUGGCCUUAGCAAUGGAGAUGCUCUGGAGGCUUUACAAGGCUGCCUGGAUCCUUCUAUUUUGUCCAUUUUUGAGGACAGCCCCACUAGAGGAGUUAAAAGUAAUAUUGAUGAGGAAAGUGAAGCGACGCUGCUCACAGCUCUCACUGAAAUACUUGACAAUGUUGAUGAUGAAAACUUGUCCCCUUUUGACACUCUGCCGGAUUCAGAUCUGUUCUCAGGGCAGAAGGGUCAGGAACACUCACCGCUGAGAAAGUUCAUCACACGGUCUCCUCCAGAGUCAAUGAUUGACACAAGACGGUUUCCUGGGAAGAGUCUCCCACGAAUGCAGAGAUUAUCCCAGCAGAACAGUGAAGGAGAAGAGGAGGAGGAUGGAGACGCUACCCCUAUAGCUAAUAUUGAUUUGUCAUCACUGGAUGAAUUUGAUUGGUGCCUUCCUGUGUCCUUAGAGCAGGAUGGAGAGAGUAUGCAUGUUACUAUCUGUGAUUUAGUAAAGCACAUGCACCCUUACUGCAUGACAUUAUGUGUGGAAGGAGAAGAGGGACAAGAUCAUCUUCUGCCUGAGAGGGGCCUUGUGCUAGAAGUGGUUGAUCAAGGAGAGCAUGGAGAGCCCAUCCUGGCAAUCCCAGAUCUGAGCAUCCCUCUUUCUCACACAUACUCUGCAGAAGGUGAACAAAGAGUACCGGAGAAUACCAUAGACAAGCCAGAACCAAAGCCUGAAGAUAGUGCUGAAAAAGUCCCAGCUCCUUCUGAAGUAUCUUUCGUGGAGGAGGAGAAAGAGGUUGUCAAGGUAUGUAAAGGGAAAAAGAAAUGUAAACUUCUUGAAGCCCCUCUGGUUGAACAGAGAGUUUUGAGAAGCUCAAGAGUUAAAGAGGUGCCACAGAAGAAAUGCCAGGAAGAACAAAAAAAGAAAAGGGUGACUUUCUCACCUGUGCUCUCAUCGGCAGAGCUCGGAAAACCUAAACUUGAUUGUCCAACAGACUUGAUGACUCUUAAACCGCAGGUUGAGAAAGAGCAUAUCACAACCCCUCAAGCUGAAGCAGAAAUCACUGACUCGCAGCCAGAGAACAAACCUCUUGAAAAGUCUGUGGAGCAAAAACCACCCUCAAAAUUAGAGCCUGUUAGCGAACAGCCUGCUGCUUGUCAGCCUAAUGAAACUAAGCCCAAACCUCUCAGUUUACAGCAGUACCGUCUCCUCCGCCAGCAAAAGAAACCAGAUCCGGUGGACAAAACGGAGGAUUACAGCACUAAAUGGCCCAAGUUGCCCGAACCGCCCAAGGAGCUUCCCCCAAUACCCUGCCUGCCAGACCCUAACCUCAGAGAUCCACGUAAAACCAUGCAUACUCCUGUUAAAAAAGACCUUGCACCUGAAAUCAUGCCCGCAUGGCACCCGAGAGGCCCCGCUGCUCCCCCAACGCCUGAAGCCUUGCUCACCCCGCCGGCUUCACUGAUGGCUUUCUCUAAGAAACCUGCAACUUCUAAACCAACCGCUCCACCUUCUGAUACAUCUAAAAGUUCACCCCAAUCAGUCCACCCCUCACCCCGGAAACUACCUGCUCCCAUCGGCGUGCCACAAAACACUAUUAAUACUGAGACCUCUGCCCCCAUCAGACAUGUGGCUGAGGUGCCUCCUGAAAGGACAGUUUCACUUCCAGUGUCUACUACAUCUGGAGGCUCUCAAGGUCAUAAGGAAUGUUUACAUGGGAGCCCCAAUGCUGCUCCAUCCAAAAUUCCUCAGAUGAUCACUACACAAGUUCAGAACUCAAACUCCAGCCCUCAUAAACCUAGUGCUGCUGUGCCUGCAAAAAGAGAGACCGAGCAGGUUGUUUUGGCCCCUGUGUCUGAUCAAGCCAAAAACACACUGCCAACUAAUUCUAAAAAGCUGACCUCACGGUCACAGCCUCAUAUUGCACCAAUAGCCACUCAGCCGUUUUUCUCGGCUCAAGUUCAGGCCAGAGUUGUUGAACUGGCAGAGCAGAUGAGGAUGGCUUCCUCUGAGAUCCCCAAACUGAAGAACACCACAGUUGAGCUGAUUGAGUCCUUCACAAGUGAAAUUGGUAUUGAAGCUUCUGAUUUUACAAGCCUCCUGGAGCAGUUUGAGGAGUCUCACUCCAAAGAAGAGCAGAGUGUACCGGAGGUCUGUGGUAGAGCAGCUGCUGUAGGAAACUCCAGCUUUGAAUUCAGUUAUGAGCAGCACAUGGAGACUAAGGCCGUGGAGAAAACCAGCAACCAUGACCUGGGAAGCGCUGCAGGCCUUACACCUCCUGCCACACCCCCACACCAGAUGUGGAAGCCUAUUGUGCCAGUUUCACUUCUGGGGAAAACCAAGAAGUCAGAGGUCCUUAAACCAACUCCUAACAAGGCCAUUCAGAUAGAGGCGAGACCACUACCUUCAAAUAAGCUGCGCAGCAAGCCUCAGACCCCUAUUAUUACUGGACAGACUCAGCCUUUCUCCCUUGACCACGACUACUGCCUCCCCCCAAAAGAACCCAGUCAAAAUGAAGUUGGCAGUCGGUGGAAUGUCAAACAACAGCCUAGCAUUGUUAUCAAGACUGUUGAGCUGCCGCCCAACAAGCUAGCCCAUAACACCAAAGCUACAUCAACUCCUUCAGUUACAGAAGGAACCCAGAGAAAUCUCAGCCUCAGUCAACCUUCUGCAGAUAGGAGUUGUACAUUAAAUAGCUCUAACUUGGUAACUCCGGAUGCCUCUCCAAACAGGCCUGACUCUGAAAGCUCUGUACUGGAUGAAGCGAAAUGCAACCAGCAGAAAUCUGUAAACUACUCAGAACAUUCCUUCAGACGGUACCAGCAGGACAGAGGCCGUUCAAAACGAAGAUACAGAGCCCAAUCCUCUAGUAGCUUAGAAUCCAGCUCCGAGUCUUCCUCCAGAUCACGUUCACCACCUCGGAAAAGAUACAGGUCACGUCACUCAAGCUGCAGAUCCAGUUCAUCAUCUCAGUCUGGUUCCCGAUCCAGCUCAAGGUCAUUUUCCCCACCUCAGCGGCGAUGGUAUUCAUAUUCAAGUUCACGCUCUGGAUCCUGGAGCCGCAGCCGCUCUCGAUCCAGAUCCCGCUCCUCUGAUUCUCUCGGACAUCGGCGUUGGAAAAGUCAUAGAAGCCCUAAUCAGAGGGCUGGUUACCGGCAUUCGCAAAAUUGCAACGAGGAUGCAAAAAGAUGCAAAGAGAGAGCCAUUGAGGAGCGGAGAGUUGUUUAUGUUGGACAAAUUUGUGGAAGCAUGACUCGUAAAGAGCUGAAGGAACGCUUCUCAUUCUUCGGAGAGAUUGAGGAGUGCACUGUGCACUUUAGAGAAAAUGGGGACAACUACAGCUUUGUUACAUACUACAAUAAGAAGGAUGCAUUUGAUGCUAUUGAGAAUGGAAGCAAGCUGAGGGAGCAGAAUGAGCUUCCAUUUGACCUGUGCUUUGGAGGCAGGAGGCAGUUCUGCAAGACCAGUUAUGCUGAUCUUGAUUCAAACCGGGACUACAAUCCACGGCCUACAAAAGGCAAAUUUGAUGCACUAGACUUCGACACUUUACUCAAGCAAGCUCAGUGGAACCUGAAAAGGUAACGAUUAAUCAAGCCACAGGAAAGAAGACCGAUUACCUCCAAGCAAAAUGCUGCCCCACACUUCCAGUGUUGCCUCUCAAUUACUGUUUUUGUUUUUCUCUUUGUGUUUUUGUUUGUUUCUGCAAGUUUACACCUUCUAUUGAAGUGAUGAUUUGUAAGAAAAAUUGCAAAAAAAAAGA